UACAUAAAGAAAUGGCAUAUUUUGGACAUAGUUCGAAUGGUGAUUAAUCAUGAUUAAUUAAUUUUUAAACUGUGAUUAAUCUAAUUAAAAAUUGUAAUCGUUUGACAGCCCUAAUUAAAAGUACUUAUUAUGUGUAAUGUCUGGAUUAUGAUCAUUGAUACAUUAGUUGGUUUUGUCACAGCUGGUAAAGGUAUAACUAUAUAUAUAUAUAUAAAUAAUGAUACAUUUUUUAGAGUAAUCAUCAUAUCCUGUAUUUAAAUGUAUAUAACUAUAUAUAUAUAUAGCCUAUAUAUAUAUAAUUUUAUAUAAACAUUUGAAUCUUUGUUUUAAUAGUUAUAUAUUCUUUUUGAAUAUUAUAAUAUUUACAAGGUUUCUGCCACAUCAUGUUUUCAGAUUUCCUCUCUUUAUUCACAGAACUGCUUUGUCAUGUUUAAGCCUCAGUAGUCACACUUCCUAUUUGACUUAAACUUAAGAUAUAUUUCCCUUUUUAAUGUAUUUAUUAGUUUAAAGAAUGCAGUAUGUUUACCUUAGAAUGAGCCCUUUAUAGUAUAUCCAUAUGAAGUGGGUCAUUGGAAGUAUUCAUCAUGCAGACUGGCGCUUUAUUACUAAUAUAUAUCAUGUUAUAUUACAAAAAUAAAGUGCAUGUACCUCAUUAUUUGACUUAUUUACAGUACUUGCGAAAAUGUAUUUCUUUACAUUUCACCCCUAAGUGUUUUUUUAUCUAGAAUGAGCAUUAAGUAGAGUUUUUGAUUUUGCCUCAUCAUGUUUUCAGAUGUCCUCUCUACAUGCCUUGUCAUGUUUAAGCCUCAGUAGAGUGAUGACUCGCAUCAAACCCAUGAUCAAACCCCACUCACACUUCCCAUGUGACUCAGCAGAAAGUCACACAUAUAUAAACACAGGCGACACAGAGCUGAGAGGAAACAGAGGACCGAGCAGCCUUCAGUUUAUCGCAGGUGCAUUUCAACAUUUUUAAAUACAGAGCAACCAUUAGUUCCAGUCUGCAGAGAUGGAGACCAUGAAGAGUGCCAGGAAGAAUGAUACGGAGGACGUCGGCAGUGAUUUAUCGGAGCAGAUUAAAGCAGCCACUAAGGACAGUCAUGUGCGAGCUGAAAACACCACGCUGAUGCUGGACUACCAGAAAGGAAAGAUCACCCUGCCUCAGUACAAGCUGUUGCUGUGCUCGCUGUAUGAGAUCUACAGAGCUCUGGAGGAGGAGCUGGACAGAAACGCUUCACACCCCGCCGUCGCUCCCAUCUACUUCCCUCAGGAACUCGCUCGUCUGCAAACUCUGGAGAGAGAUCUGGAACAUUUCUUCGGCUCCGAGUGGAGGCAGAGGGUGAUCGUUCCUGCAGCUACAGUCAGAUACCAGGAGAGAAUACGGAGG